CUCGCAUCCAAUUGCAACCAGCUACCCAAUAUUGCUGAUUCAGGAACCGGGCGGAAACUAAAUGUAGUAUCCAACCGCUCGGUUACUUACGACUAGGGGGUAAACACCAAUGGCACACCUACAGAUCCAAUUGAAGAUUUUCGACGGCCUCUCGUUGAAUAAGACUUUUGUCGACAUAACCUUGGUAUAGUCAAUAGUCAAAGUAAGCCAUGACACGUACUGUAGAGGACUGGUGCCGCCCUAGAGGAAGCAUCAGUCCUUGACCUCAUCCUUGGAUACCUUACUCCGUAGGCUAGGUAACGUCGUACGUACCUUAAUCAGACACAUACGAUGGAGAACACCGACUUCAACACGCAUAUCCGGCGGCCUUGGGAGCAUCCGCAGGAUAUCGAUAAUCACUCGGAGAAGUCCAACCGUUUGAAGCUUCUCGAUAUCCUCCCCCUGCCGAUUAAGAACCAUAUUAUCGCGACCAUGAGCGAGUUCGCGGGCACCUUCAUGUUUCUCCUAUUCGCAUUUGGAGGUACGAAUGCCGUAAACACGAACUUACCGGGCGAUACUCCGGCCGAUCCAGCGCGCUUGCUGUUUAUCUCACUGUGUUUCGGCAUGAGUCUCGCCGUCAAUGCUUGGGUCUUCUUUCGUAUUAGUGGUGGCUUGUUUAAUCCAGCCGUGACCCUGGGCAUGAUGCUGGUUGGCGCCGUGGAUUAUAUUCGGGGUCCACUGGUAAUAUUGAGCCAGAUCCUUGGUGGUAUCGCGGCUUCAGCUGUGGUAUGGGGUCUUACACCUGGUCCACUGAACGUGGGCACGAGUCUGGGCGGCGGGACUUCGGUCGUGCAGGGUCUGUUCAUUGAGAUGUUUCUCACGGCCCAAUUGGUCUUCACGAUAUUCAUGCUGGCGGCUGAGAAGCAUCGCGCAACGUUUAUCGCACCCGUCGGUAUCGGGUUGUCAUUGUUCAUUGCCGAGUUGAUGGGUGUUUAUUACACUGGCGGAAGUGUAAACCCAACACGUUCAUUCGGACCCAACGUCGUUAUGGGUAAAUUUCCCCAUUAUCACUGGAUUUAUUGGGUUGGCCCCGUCCUCGGUUCGUUGGUCGCAUCUGGUUUCUAUAUCUUCAUCAAGGCCCUCGAGUACGAAACUGUGAACCCUCAGCAAGAUCAAAUCAGCGAAGAACCCGCCGUGUCGAAACCUUCUUCGCGCCAGGUCGAGCAUAGAGAUCGCUGGGGCGAUGAGGGGACUGUGAUGUCGGGUAGAAGUAAUGCGUCGUAUGCUGGCGGACCGAGUAUGGAGGCUGCUCGUAUUCCAACGUAGGUAUUCAUGGACUGAGAUCGAUGAGUUUUAUAUAUACGGUUUCAGCAGGUUCGUUUAGUUGUCAUGUUUAGGAGUGGCCAUUUCUUUUUAGCGUUUCGCCCAGUUAUCAAAUUAAAUCAAACAACGUGAAUAUUUCCGUAUAAUAUCAUACCGGCCAUAAAAUCCAAGGCCUCCAUUUCCUAUAGGUUAAUUAUAAAAACCACCAUAUUCCAGAUAGACAGGGAACUUCGAAGACAUAACUGGGAUUAGCCGUAUAGAAAACGGCCUGCGCUACAGUGACCGUGGAUGUCCAAGAAGCACAAACCAAGAAGGUACUAUAGCCAUACAGAGCCCGCUAGCAAGGGCAGGCACCUUCGUCACAUACGGUACACAUCAUAGUUAUGCCGCCCGGGCUGGAUGAGGAAGACCGGACCAAUGCGGUACCUCAGCAAGAAAUCGGUUUCGGUGUCAGGGACCUGAACAAUUUCGGUGAGGGGUACUAAUUUGAAGCGCCACUGAC